GGCGGUGGGCCGGUUGCGUUAUCAGGGUUACCAAGUCCUUAUUUGCGCGGGUCCCCGGUUGUCAUGGAGCUCAUUACCAGCAACAUUCAGGUUUUGCUUCAAGCGGCCGACUAUUUGGAGCGCAAAGAGAGAGAAGCCGAACAUGGCUAUGCUUCUCUCUCGCCUUACUGCGGACAAGAUACGUUACAAUCGCAGAGGAGGCCGAAAACGCAAAAGGCCCUCAAAAACUUCCGGUCUGUACACAAUGAGCUGGAGAAACACAGAAGGGCCCAGCUACGGCAGUGUUUAGAACAGUUGAAGCAGCAAAUCCCCACAAAUACAGAGCAUUCUCAUUACACAAUGCUUAGUCUCCUGCAUCGAGCCAGAUUGCACAUUAAAAAGCUGGAACACCAGGAACAGAAAGCUCAGCAAGAGAAAGAGAGGCUACGUUGUGAGCAGCAGAAUCUGCACCAGCGCUUAGAAGAAUUGCAAGCCCAUCUGAAUAUGGAACUGGCAGAAGCAGAUAGCCUGGAUUCUUCUCAGUUCUCCUCUGAGCAUUCUGACUCAGAAGAUGAAGUGGACAUAGAAGGCGUGGCAUCUGCCAGCAUUGGAGAUGUCAUGGCUGCUUUCAGUACUCAGCAGGAGCGCAGCUAUUCCACUGUCAGCAACUUCUGGUUAUGGACAGAAGUUCAGUUAAGAGGACAGCAUUCAUCUAGACAAGCUUCAAGCUUUUCAAAAAUUGCUUCGUGGCAGGAUAACUGAUACAUGGUUUAUAAGACUGUUUUCUGUAAGUAAAGAGGAACCCCCUUUCUUAUAAAAAAGGGACUAUGCACCUCCUCAUGAAACCAAGUUUUGCAUCUCCACCUUUUUCACAAAACCAACUAGGGCAAUUGUUAAGAGAGUUACAUACUGAAGCUGGCUAACUUUACAUGGUAACAUGUGAUGGCAGGAGGAAGAAGAGUGAGAUUUUAAAACACUUGACAUGCAAUUGGUAUGAGUAGCUGCAUCUUACACCCCGUCCUAGUUAAGGUUUGUGGAGCAGGCAAGUCCAUUUUGCAGAGACUUUGGCUGGUAAGACACCCACACACACACACCCCGCUGGCAUUUUAAACAAAAGAUACACUUAGCUUUUAUCUAAAGGGGUCUAAAAAAUCCAUUAUCACAACAGGCAAAUGCUAUGCUCAGUUCUUUUAUAUGAAAUGGGUCUUGCUGUUGUUGAAUGGAUUGUGGAAUAAUAGUAAAGCUUUGCUUCAAGAGACUUUUUGCCAUUGCAAAUCUAGCUUUUGCUGACCUAUUAAGUGACCCACUUUAAGUAUUAUUUAGUGGGUUUUUGAUAAGUUGUAACCUAAGCACAGUAAU